AUGGCGGGUUCAGUUCCCGGCCAGCCUCAUUACCGAGGAGUGAGGAAGAGGCCGUGGGGGCGGUACGCGGCGGAGAUCAGAGACCCGUGGAAGAAGACACGUGUCUGGCUCGGUACAUUCGACACACCGGAGGAGGCAGCUCUCGCCUACGACGGCGCCGCCAGGUCACUCCGCGGCAACAAGGCCAAGACCAACUUCCCGGCGCCGCUGACGAGAGGAGGAGGAGGAGGAGAAGACCUCUCCCUCGACCUCAACGUCUCCUCCGCCCAGUGGGCCUCCCACUCCGGCCGUCUCGUCGAGUUCCUCCACACCGGCGUCCUGAAAGACGUCGCGAAGAGCGAGAACGCGGCGGCGGCGCCGUCGUUCGUGGUGUCCAGGGCUCCUCGGGCUCCGGUUGUGGGCAGCAGCUUGGUGCAGGAAGGGUCCAGCACGGCGUCGUAUCUGGGGUUCGUCCGACGUGGCCUCCCCAUUGAUCUCAACGAGCCUCCUCCGUUGUGGCUCUGUAACUGACAUGGUGUUUUAGUUCUCGUAUCAUUCGGCAUACGGCGUCGUUUCGGUGGUGUUCAUUUUUAUCUUUUUCUCUUCAUCUUGUUUUUGGAUGUUCGAAGAAUCAAGAAGUUGAAACUGAGAGAGAAGGUGUAGUCACUCCAGUGUAAUGUUACACUUAAUGAUCGAGAUUGUUAGAGGAGCUAGCUUAGCUUAGUUUAUGUAUAUGUGGAUUUCCAGUUUUAUGAAACAAUCGGAGUUUAAAUUUCUAGGUCUGCCGUUUUCCAUGAAGCUAUCUCUGUGUCUGUUGAGCAGCCCAAACAUUUUCCAGGCGAACGACCCACUCUCGGGUCGAAGCGCGUGUGAUUUCCGCAAUGCAAAAUGUUCAUCUCUGUCCCGACAUGAC